CUUUCCGCCGAGCCACGCCGCUUCUCGCCCGGUACGGCGAGGUGACCGAGGCACAGAGAAGGCCGGCGCGCUCGGCGGGCUCUGCCCGUAGGAAGCGCUCAGUACGUAGGAUCGAAGGAACGAAUGAAGCGUCCCAGCGCUCGGCGCGGAGGAAGCGCUCAACGAGGCCGUCAUCACCAGCGUCUCUCUCGGUCUUUGCAGGCGCUCGUACGGCGCCCCGCCCGCGGUACGCGCUCACUAAAUCCGACGGGAGGAACGAACCGUCCGGCGCUUACAACGGCGCUCGGCGCACAGUGGGUCCUUAACGAAGGCCGACGUCGCCGUCGUCUCCAUCCCUCUGUCGUUCGUUUUGCGAGCGCUCGGUACAGCGCUCUGCGCGUGGUGAGCGCUCAAUGCAUAGGAGCGACGGGACGAAUGAACGGUCCAACGCUCGGCGCGCAGUAAGCGCUUCACGAAGGCCGACGUCGCCGUCGUCUCUAUCCCUCUAUCGUUCUCUGCGAGCGCUCAGUACAGCGCCCCGCCCGUGGUGAGCGCUCACUAAAUCCGACCGGAGGAACGAACCGUCCGGCGCUUAGAACGGCGCUGGGCGCGCAGGGAGCGCUUAAGGAAGGCCGACGUCGCCGUCGUCUCCAUCCCUCUGUCGUCGUUUGCGAGCGCUCGGCACAGCGCCCCGCCCGCGGUGAGCGCUCAAUCAAUACGACUGAAAGAACGAACCGUCCAGCGCGCAGUUAGUGCUUAACGAAGGCCGUCAUCGUCGUCGUCUCCAUCCCUCUAUCGUCCUUUCCGAGCGCUCGGCACAGCGCCCCCGCGCGUAACGGACACGUCUUGCUUGACGUGGGAAGGGCAGCGGUUCCGAGGGAAGGCCACCAUCAUGGAGAAGAUGAUGAGCCUCCCGUUCCCGAAGGUCCGGCGCAGCCUGACGUCGCAGGACCAUCAGCCGGCUCCGGACAACCGCAUCGCCAGCACGGUCGUGGGCCGGCUCAAGAUCGACGAGGACCCGGCGAUGGGCUUCCGGCAGAUAUUCCUCCUCAAGAACGCCAACGAGAAAUGGAUCUGCACCGACGACAAUCUUCAGGCCGCGCCGUUCGACCUGGCCCGACGACGCCCUCGGCGGCCGGGCCCGUCCGCUUGUGGGGCCGUCCCUCCUCGCCACCCCCCGGCCGGGCCGGGGGCCCACUCCCCGACGACGGCGGGGGGCCGGGUUUCUCGAGAGCGACGGACGGAGAGGAGGCGUGGGACGGCGGGCGUCCGCGGGGCGACCGUCCCGGCCUGCCGCGGCCCGCCCGACGCGGCGGGGUCCGGGUGCUCCGGAUCUUCUCGCCGGGGGAUCCCUCCAGGCCCCCGGUCGACCGGGGGGACGACCACGGGCGGAAGGUCGACGGCCCGCUCCGCCCGACGCUCGGUCCGGUGGGCGCUGGGCGUCGACGACGACGAUGGUUGA